AUGGUUCAGCAAGCGAUUUUGUACGCAAAGUUCAAGAAAGCCAUCAAUGAAAACCCCAAGUGUUAUGCCUUUCUCCAGAACCUUAGGGUUGAUGAGAAGGAUGUCAAUCUCAUGGAUCAAGUCUACGCCGAAUUCCUCGAGGUAGACAUCCAUAACCGGUCUAUGAACCCUUCCUACAAUGCAAACUCGACGACUGUUCAAACCUCGUCGUCGUCGCACAAUGACAAGAAGAAAGACACGAAGAAAGGAGGCAAUGACAAGCAAUCCAAUUCGAACAACUCAUCGAAUAAUAAUAACAACAAGGACAAACCCUCGAAGAAGAAGACCGACUUCGUCAGAGAAGAGAACGUCAUCCUUUGCAGACAUCAUGGGACUCUUGGAAAUCAUUACUCCAACAAGUGUCUCUUGCUGAAGAAUUCGGCAAACGCCACUACCAUUCAACAACCUCAGCAGCAACCUCCUUUUCAACGGGUUACAGUCCCUCAACCAGGCCAAAUCAUAGGCCAGGUUGACAACCAAGUUCGGAUCCUUUCUCUGCCGCAACAACAGCCUCGCCAGGGAGCGAAUGCAAUCUUUGUGCCAGCAUCGUACCCCACCGUACCGCAAAAAGGCCCUCCAUCGGGGGAUCCCCUAGCGCGGUAUAACAAUCUCUUUACGAAUGCGCUCUUUUGCCGGUAUCCAGGCAAAUGCAGUUCAUGGUUCCCAUAUUGUGUCGAAGGAAGGCCUAUUGGCUAA